GCUCGCAACCUGAAGUCUAUCAGCCGCUCCAGUUCAGCACCGAGGAGAGCGCAGCAGCGGCGGCGGCGGCACUUCCCACCAUGGCAGAAACUCAUCUACAAGGAGUGGAGAUCUCAGCAUCUCAGUUUCUGGAAAUCUGGCGUCAUUAUGAUACUGAUGGAAAUGGCUUCAUUGAAGGGAAAGAACUGCAGAACUUUAUUCAGGAGCUUCUACAAGCCAGGAAGAAAGCUGGACUGGAAUUGUCAGAGGACAUGAAGGCCUUUGUGGAGCAGUAUGGACAGAACAGUGAUGCAAAAAUUGGAAUAGUGGAGCUCGCCCAGAUCUUACCGACUGAGGAGAACUUCUUGUUGUUCUUCAGACAGCAGCUGAAGUCAAGUGAAGAAUUCAUGCAGACCUGGCGGAGAUAUGACACUGAUCACAGUGGCUUCAUAGAAACAGAUGAACUUAAGAGUUUCCUUAAGGACUUGCUAAAGAAGGCAAACAAACCAUAUGAAGAGAUAAAGUUAGAAGAAUACACACAAAUUAUGCUGAGGAUGUUUGAUUCAAAUAAUGAUGGAAAACUAGGACUUACAGAAAUGGCACGGUUACUACCUGUACAUGAAAAUUUCCUUCUUAAAUUCCAGGAAGUCAAGAUGUGUAACAAAGAGUUCAAUAGGGCUUUUGAAUUAUAUGAUAAGGACGGCAGUGGCUAUAUAGAUGAUAAUGAAUUGGACGCCUUGCUGAAAGAUCUCUGUGAAAAGAAUAAAAAGGACCUAGACGUUAACAGCAUCCCGACAUACAAGAAGAAUAUCAUGGCUUUGUCAGAUGGUGGAAAGCUGUACAGAACGGAGCUGGCUCUAGUCCUCUGUGCUGAUGAAAACUAGCAACUCUCCUGGAUCUUCCAAUAACUGUACCGGAUAGGCACUAGAAGUCUUAAACUUUGCUAUUUUUUAUCUGUAAAUCUAAAUCACAUAGAGAAAAUUAGCCAGAAUGUGCUGCAAAUUAUUCUUUUAUUUUCUUUUUAAUUUGGUUUGUUUCUAUACUGUUUGUAAUGUACAGUUUUUGUAACUAUAAGGUAGAAAAAAUAAGAGAAUGUCUUUGUCAGAGAUAGAAUGUAUAUCUGUACAUUGGUAAGGGUUGUGAUAUGCUUGGACAUACAAUUUUUAGUUUGGGUGGAACAUUGUAUAUGAAACCCUGGCUUUUGCGGCAAUACAAGUCCUUGCAUGUCCUGACAGCCAUUUUUAAGAGAACUAGUCAUGAUUUGACUGCAAGAAUCUGAAUAAUUUAGUCUUAAAUUAUGAUACUUCUGCAUUCUAUGACAAAUUUGAAAUGUACCCCCUUAUAUAAAUAGAAAUAAUAGGAUGCACACUGAUAACAUCCUGGAACUCUAGUUCAGUUUAUUAAGCAGGCUAAGAUGAUAUCCAAUACACACUGCACAUUUCCCACCUCAAGCCACAUUCCAAGGUGUUUCACCCACAACCAGCCUUGAUCAUGGGGCCUCAGCUUUGGCUAAGCCCUGCUGUCUGUGAAACAUGUUGGAAUGUGGCUUGAGGUGGGAGGCGUGCAGUGCAAUGUGUGUUGGAUGUCAUCUUAGCCUACUCAAUAAACUAUACUGGAGUUUGAGUAUGUCAUUGGUGUGUACCCUGUUCUUUCUAUUUGCAAGUGAUGUGGACCAGGCUCCCGAUAAAACCAAGAAAUAGAGGAGAAAAGGGGGAGCUUAGAAGCAGAAGCUGGGGUGUAAGGGGAAGGACCUCAUCAAUUACCCCCGUUUUUACUUUAUCAAGUUUGAGGUUGAUUAAGAGUCAAAGAGGAGAAACCACCUGAAAUCUGACACUUACUGUCCCAUCAACUGUCUGAACUAUAGAGAUAACAAAUGCUGUCUUCCAGCUUCUAUAGUGACCUCAACAGUAUUAUACACAGAGUCCUGUAGUUGCCUAUAUUCCUGAUUUCACAUUGCCCUGUAAUGUGACCUCUAACUACUGGGGCCUAGAAUGAUCAGAGUAAGUUAAGCUAAAUAAGGAAUCAAAUAAAACGACUUUCUAAGUAAGCUUAGCAAUUAUAAUAGUUUAGGACUCAAUAUUCAGAUAAUUUCAUAAGACUGGUUCUCUUUAAAAAAAAAAAAAAAUAGAAAAUCCACUUAUACUAAAAAUAAAUAAAAGGAGAGGAAAAGUGUAUUGAAUUCAUUAGAAAAUAUAAACAAAAAUCAAAAUGUCUACCAGCCAAAUGAAGGUUCUUCUGUGGAGUAGCAAUGAUUAUCAAAAUGGCAUGAUUCACAGAAAUGGAACCCAUGCCAACACAGGAAAAGCACACACGUGCCAUGUAGAUGAUAUCUCUUAUAUGUAAAUGAACAUAUAAAAUCAAUGUUGAAGUCACUAAGGUCAUUAAAGCGUUUGUAACCCCCCAAAAAAAUGGAUCCUGUGCCUUUAAAGCAUUUCAUACAACACAGUACUUGUGCCGCGUCAUUUGCCCCCCUGUAACACCUGGAAUACCUGGAUGAUCCUGCCAGUUUCUGCCAUCCCCUCUGUAUACUGACCACAGUGUAUCAUAGCUGCUGAGCCCUGACACCGUAGUCAGUUUACGUGCCUCCAUCAUCAGCAGCUCUCCUGUCCUCCUAUGUGCUCCUCUGUCCUCCUCCCCUCCCCUCCCUGCCUCCCUGCCCCUGUGUCAGAGCCCACCCCCUCCACUCCUGCGGCUCUCAUAACUGUUGAAACUUUAUAUAAGCCACUCUGCGUCCUAAUAACAAGUGCUCCUGUCUGUGUGCUUUAUUAAGAAUAAGGCCUCCAUUACCGGACUUCACAGUGGUUCCCAGCAAUCAGGUGACCAGCCAGCUCUCGCUCUCCUCUGCUCACAUCCUGGGUCAGCGUGGGAAUCUUGGCCCCACCCACUGCAUCUGUCAGACGGGCAGAGGAGAAAGUCAGCCAGUGAUGUGAUUGCAAGGAACCGCUGUGAAAUCCGGUAAAGGAGGCAUUUUAAAAAAAAUAAAACACACAGACAGGAGCACUUGUUAUUAGGACACUUAUAUAAAAUUAUAUAAGUGGGUUAACGAGCACUUUAAGUUGGAAUAAAUGUCCAGUUUAAACACUUCAGACAUAUUUAUACAAUGGUACAGAUCAAUUUACUGAGUUUUGUUGUGAUUUGUCACCUUUUUAAAAUCACAUUUGUCAUUGAGAUCCUCCCACACAUUUUCCCAAACGAACAAUAUUCGCAAUCAUUGGUCACCGUCUGGAUUUUCAAAUUUUUCAAUAGGAAAUCUAGCAAAAAUGUCACAUAUUUAUAGCUCAGAUGAUGAUGUAUUGGCCAUCCACAAUUACUGUCUUUUCCACUCUCCACAGGCCAGUUACUGCUUUUCCUAAUGAUUUCCUAUAGAGACCCACUGUGCUCGAUACUUCCAAGUCUGUGUUUGUGGCACAUUCACUGAGCUUUAACUGCACUACAAAGAUUUUUGGCUGAAAUUUUCAUUUGUACAUGUCUGCAUUUCUACUCUGCUGCUAGAAAAAUAUAUAAAUCCUGUGGAAGUUAGGGGAAAACAUGAAAAGGAGACUUAUAUAGGGGCAUAAGGGUGGCCAUCUUGGAACUUGAUGGAGAAAACUUUGAAGGCUUUUGGGGUAUAAAGAGACCUGUUUAGCACCCUCUUCCCUACCUUUGGCCCUCAUAACAGCAGUAAAUGUGCUUUGCAAAAACGCUACUGGUCCGAAAUAUGGACCUUUUUAAAACUUUAUCUAUUUAGGCAUCAUAAUUGUUUUUUUUUUUUUCAUUGGCACGUGUCUGCCAUGACAUAGGGACUACCUAAAGCACUAAUUUCUGAAAAUCCACGUGAAACUAUGCCAGGACCUCUUUAUUUCUAAGCUGCUAAUCCUGUUACAAAAUACUGCAUGCUGAAGGGAUGAGAGUGUGUGGGUGGCAGCUGAAGCCUGUCUACCUUUGUUUAAAGAUGCACAAUUUACGUCUGCUUGUGCAAAUAUACACUGAUAAGGAACUUAUUUAUGGCCAUGGCCUCGGUUUUUCUAUUUAUUUUUUUUAAACCUAUCUAGUGCCGUGCACAAAUUCAUGAAUGUAAAAAAGAAUGGUCCUUUGCCUUAAGGUUAGGUGAUGAGUCUUGGUCUAUCAGUCUAUUUAUUAAAGGAUAAAUGCACUUGAAAAAAAUAAAUUUUCCCACUGUUGGCCUCCACAUUAAAAUUAAUCGGACACUACUGCAGCUGUCAAGAAAUGCUGCUAAAUGCUCCCAUGUAGCCAGCACAGUGUUUAUAACAGUCUCUUCUACCUCCCAUUUGUAUAGGGUGCUUACAGUUUAGAUGAUGUGUGACUGACAGGCCAUAAAAAAACAUUGGCAGCAUGAUUGGCACCUGUGCCAAAGUAGUCACAGCAAUUGCCUUUAUUCCCUUGCAUUCUUUGCUCAGUGUGGAUCCCAUAUUUAAAAAAUUACAGGAAGAAGCACUGAAGUCCACAAACAUUAUCCUGGCCCUGGACAAGCUGUACUGUGAACAGCAGAAUGUAUCAAUGGCUGUGAUGCAAGCUUAUUAGCUCUUUAUUAAUGCUGAGGCUGGUGGGUUGCAGAAUUUCAUUUUUCAUUCUACAUGUGCACUUAUACCGUAUCAUUACCAUGGAAAGGCAAAACUAGGGAGGAGGAAAGAAAUUCAUUAGAAGGAGAGGAGUGGGGGGGGG